ACGUACAGCAUGACAUUCACAAUAGUAGUAUUCGCAGCUUUGGUGGCAGUAGGCCAAGCUGGCAAUUUGGGUCUAGGAUAUCAUGCUCCAGCUCUUAUAGCUCACGGAUCCCACGAUGCCAUAUCUAGUUACUCCACCGUCCAACAUCAUGCCCCAGCUGUACAUUCUUACGCUGCUGCGGCUCCAGUAGUUUACACAGCUCCAGUUGCCUACACUGCUCCAGUAGCUAAAACUGUAAUCGCGGAGCCCUCUGCACCUGCUCAUUAUGAUUUUGGAUACAGCGUAAGUGAUCCUCACACCGGAGAUGCCAAAAGUCAGCACGAAUCCCGUCGUGGGGACGUUGUUCAUGGUAGCUACUCUCUCCUGGAAUCUGAUGGUACUAAACGUACUGUAGAUUAUACAGCAGAUGCUCACAAUGGAUUUAAUGCCGUAGUACACAAAGAGCCCGCUGCCGUGCAUUCUGUAGUUCCUGUUGCUACCAAAAUCGUUGCACCAGUUGCUUAUGCUGCUCCAGUAGUUCAUUCUGCUCCAUUGACAGUAGCCAAAUUAGCUGCUCCGGUUACUUACACUGCUACUUUAGCUCAUUCUUCACCAUUGGCAGCUGCUGUUCCUUUGAACGUUGCUCACGCUGGUUCUCUUGCUAACGUAUACAGCAGCUCAGUUGCUCACGGUUAUGCUGCUCCAUGGGCUCACGGUUAUGCAUCUCAUGCUCCAGUACUUUCACAUAAAGUUUGGUAAUUGAGUCAACUAAAUUUUGUAUGUGAUUUAUUUAUGAAUAA